AGAGCUCAGCACACAUCCACAGAGGCAAGUCCAGCAUCUGGAAGAAGAAAAAUAAACAGCAGAAAAAGGUUCUUGUUCCAGAGGUGCUCUGACCCCAGAGCCAUACAGGGUCUGUAGCCUUGAGAAAUGGGAAUGAAAUUGGCCCAGCCUGUCAGGAAAGCAAAAACAUCCUGGGGUUUGUUUGGCCAAAGACGGACCAUGAAGAUGUCUGUACUUCCAGUGGGGGGAGAAGAACACCAACUCACAGCCAAUCAGGCCUGGCAGUCCCUGCAGUGAGAGCUCAGCACACAUCCACAGAGGCAAGUCCAGCAUCUGGAAGAAGAAAAAUAAACAGCAGAAAAAGAAUUUCCUCAUCUCAAAUUCAAGUCUGAGGAGCCAAACAGCCAUAGUUAUUCUGAGGCCUUUUAUACCUCAAGGGAUUUGCUCCUCCUUUUCCUGCAAACGAGGGGUGGUCCCAAUCAGGGGUCUAUUUUGUGAUGAUGGCAUCAGAUGGAGUGCAGCUCAACUGUGUGUCCUGAGCCCCUGGGCAUUCCUGGGAGAUGCUGACUAAGGGACAACAGCCCAGCGAUGGCAGGAAUUUCCCCGAUGGUAAAGCUUUUUUACUGCACACCUGACAUGGAUUCUCAUACCUGGAUCUCUGACAGAUAAGUGCUGGGCUCCAACCCACAGAGGGGAUGGGAGCAGGAUGCUGGGUCUGUAAUUGUCAGGAGGGAUUUUUGAGGCAGCUCUGGAGCUGGGGAUGUCCAAGAAGCAGCCCCUCAGGCCCCAUUAGGGGAAGAGUCUCAAGUUGAUCUCAAUGCUGAUUUGCACAGGGCAGAGCAGUUCCUCUGGGUGUCAUGUCACUUGUCUAUUGUGCAACCUGUGUCUGUGUGUGUUGCAUUGCCUGUCUCUUGCCUUAGCCCUUUGAGGGGCAUGUCAGAAACCCUGAGGUCAUCCAUAGGAUCUUGUGAUCUUUGUAUUCAUCAGCCUGGCUGUGGUGCCAUCAAACCUUGGUCUCAGGAGCUUGGACAGGCAUCUGAAUCUUUUCUCUUUUGAGAAGCAUCCACUCUGAUCUCUUAAGGUCUUGCUCUGAGCUGUAUUGCCAGCUGUGCACCUGAAGGAUCCAUUACAAGAGAUGAGGAAUUAGAGGAAUGGGAAGAUAAGUAGAGGAUUCUGAGGCAGCUAUCUCUGCAGUUCUUGGAGCAAAUCAUUCUGCUGGCAUCUUUUUCCAACCUUGUCAGCUUGCUGUCAGUCUUCCCUCAGUGAUCUCCUUUUGCAUUCUCUCAGUCCCCGUGGUUCUUGCCGAGUUUUUUCGUCCCCCUGUCCUCCCCUCGUUUGUCAUGUCCUGUGUCACGGGUGCCUGCACGCAUUUGGUCUGGAGCUGCACUGCCCUGAUGCAUAGCCAAGAUAGGACAAGGCGCAAGGACUUGGGUUUUGUACUGUGGGAUGGUGUUGGACUCUAAGUGAGAGCUGCACAUUCACUCAAGAUGUCUGGGGCUGUCCAGCUAUUAUGCUGGGCUUUAAAUUUUGUUCUAAGUUCUUUUUACCUGCAGUUUACCUGGGGUUUUGGGUAGAAAAUGUGUGGGGAUGUCUCUUAGCUCUCAGGUAACCACUCACUGACCUCCCGCUUCUGUCUCGCAGGUCCCCGAGGCAGAUUUCCAGUUCUCAGCCGCCACCUUUCAUGGAACCUAUCCCUUGAUGUCGAGGACCAGCAGCCAGAGGAUGCAGUCAAGCAUCAUGUUCAGCGUACCGUUUCAGGUCCUGGCCGGUCUGCGCAGUGAAGUUCAUCACCAAAGUUUGGGCGCAGAGCGGCCAGGGACCGGGGUUUUCGUCAGGCAGGGCGAUAUUUGAGGUUCCUGGGCAGCACAGAGAGCCGUGGUGUAAUUGGGCGCUCGAGACAAGAGCGGUGACAGGUGAGCCGAAAGUUGUGUGCGGUGGAUAAGGGUUAUGUUUUAUGGGUUCUGAUUUUCUUCUCAUUUUAUUAUGCAGGAAAUCGGUUCUGGGUUUUGUCGGAGUCUGCCGGGGGUUCCCAGCGCUGCCGCUCCCGCUCCGGCCGCAGCGGGGGUGGGUCUCCGGGCACGAUCCCUCUCCUGCCGCAGGGAGCCGGGGCUCUGCCGGUAGCUGUGCCGAGAGAACGGCGGCGGGAUCUCCUCGUGCAGAUGCUUUAUCUCUGCUGGAACCACCCGGGACUCUAUCGCAGGAUAUGCUAAAGAUACACUGGAGUGAGGGGAAUCUUAAAUCUGACUCUCAAGUCCGUAGGUUUCCUGCAGUGCUUCCUGCAUGCCGAUGAAGGCUUUGUCUGCUCCAUAACGAUGUGUAAUGAAGUGCUGUCUUCUCGCUAAUGGGAGCCAUCGGAGGUGAUGGGUACUUUGGCAGGAAGUCCCUUGGCAGAACGUGAAGUAGCAGCCCCCAGUAGCUGUGUGUCAUUUGCUGGUGCAGAUGCUCCAGUAACCACUCCAGUGACAGAAAAUACAGAUUCACCAGUCUGGGACUUCAGCAGCAAGCAAGAUUAUCCAAAGGGCUUCUCCUGGAUCCACAGCAAACCUUAGUCUUCAAAGUGUGGCAUAAAGCAGAAAAAACUUGAGCUGGGUGAGGUUCAGAUACUUCAGUGAGAAGCUGACUAGGUCUUUCCCUGACUUCAGCACAUCCAAACUAAGCCAUGAGGAGUGUGAGAGUGACCCUCAGGGCUCGAUGAGCAGAGAAGUGGAUCCCAAAGGCUGCCAUCUUCUGGAAAAAUCCAGUCAGUUGGUGUCUCAGGUCAGCAGCCUAAUCAAUGAGCACUGAACCCAUCAAGAGAAGUGUAGAGAUCCAUGCAGGCUCUGAGGAGCUGCUGCCAUUCCCAGGAGACAGGGGUUUGACCAGUGGAAAAACCACUGAGAGAGAGGAGGAGGAAAAUGCUGAGGUUGUAAAUGGAGAUCAUCAAAGCAAAGAAGGAAGUGGUUCUGAUGAGAACUGUGUUGGGAGUGUAUCAGCACAAGCUGGCUCAGAAAGAAACAAUGAGAGCUUCCCUGAUGACAGCAGUGAAGACCCAGUGGAAGGCUCAGAAAGCUCCAUCAAACCAAAAAUCCCUUUAUCUGAUCCUGUUGUUGUUCCCAACUUCUUCCUUCCACCCCAGGAGAUGGAAGCCUCCAUGACACUGCUCAGCACUUCCUCUCAUCCCUCUGCAUCUCCAGAGGGAUCAAGAUAAAAUGGAGGGGGCUCCUGGAGAGGUAUCUUGUAAUGGUUCUGUGACCCAGGGAGUAGCAGAAUAACUUGAGUGAUUGCUCCUCCUGCACCAAAGCUGUGGAUUGCCGACAAUUUGUUUUGUUUUCUGGUCAUGAAGAUUUAUUUACAGUGAGAGGGGACAGCAGUCUCUCCCACAUGAGCUUCCAAGUCAGAGGAAUGCUGCUGGAAGCUGGGGUGGCCAGGAGCCCAUGGAAAGAUCACUGCUUUGCCAAGGAAUUGACUAUCACCGUGCAGCAGGGUGUUGUUUCCCCAGGGGACACCCUGAAUGCGUAAUUCACUGCUGGAACAGCUUGCUCUGUGUUUGUGGCCCCUUUCCCUGCCCUUGCUGGGUUGGGAUGGCAGGUGUAGGUCAGCACUGGAACCGGGCAGGAAAACAAGGCAGGAGCCAGCUGGAGAGGAGUGUCGGUGCUAGGCAGCUUUGUCUGGAGCUCGAGGGCUGGAGCAAAGGUGGCUCCAGGGUGUCAGGAGCACUGGAAGUCGCUCUUGUGCAAGCCCCUCUGCCACCAUGGUGGGUCUGAAGCCCCCCGAGGUGCCCCCGACGAUCACCAUGAAGUUCAUCAGCGCGGGGAUGGCCGGCUGCAUCACUGACCUGUGCACCUUUCCCCUGGACACCGCCAAAGUGCGGCUGCAGGCCGCUCACCUCAGGGUCCCUGCAGGGCUGGGGGUCCCUGCAGGGCCAGGGGUCCCGACACCCGCCCUCUCCAGACACAGGCGUGGGCACGCGGCUCCUGGCUGGCUGCACCACGGGGGCUGUGGCCGUGGCCUGUGCGCAGCCCACCGACGUGGUCAAGGUGCGGUUCCAGGCCAGCGCGGCCCUGUCGGACAGCGCGCCCCGCUACAGCAGCACUGUGGACGCUACCGCACCAUCGCCAGGGAGGAGGGGAUCCACGGGCUCUGGAGAGGGACGCUGCCCAACAUUGCCCGCAAUGCCGUCAUCAACUGCGGGGAGCUCGUCACCUACGACCUCAUCAAGGACGCGCUGCUGCGGGCACAGCUCAUGGCAGACAACGUCCCGUGCCACUUCGUGGCCGCCUUUGGCGCCGGGUUCUGUGCCACAGUGGCGGCAUCGCCGGUGGACGUGGUGAAGACGCAGUACAUGAACGCCACCCCCGGGCAGUACAGCAACGCCCUGAGCUGCCUCCUGGCCCUGCUCACGCAGGAUGGCCCCGCCGGCCUCUACAAGGGGGCCAUUGUCCUAGCUCUACGUGUGACACCAGUCAAGCUGACAUUCUCUAUCACUUUUGGUGCACCGAACAACUUCCCAUUGAUCUCUAAUUAUUCAGAUCCUGCUGGAGCUGGUGACAAACCCCUAGCCCUACAUGGACAAGGCAGCAGACCUGUUUCAGAAAGCCAGCAUGGUCCAGAUGUCCUGGAUAUGGUGGAUGUCCUGAUUGAGGGCAGUGAUGGCUUUGAUGAAGCAAUUGGGUUCUCUUUAAGUGAAGACAUGAUUAUCCAAACAUUUCCCUUCAGUGCUGUUGUCCCUGCUGCCUUAGAAGCCAGGAAUAUACUGUUGCUUCAGUCUGAAAAUGGAACAGGGAGAUGAACACAAACUCACAGCCAUUCAGGCCUGGCAGUUCCCUGCAGUGAGAGUUCACACGGGACACAGGUUUCUGAAAAGGGAAAUGACCUUGGCAGAAGAGCAGCUGUGAAGGGAAGCAGAACAAAAACACAGAAAUGGUCAUUUGAGUGUGCACCCGCUUUCUGGCAAAUCCAGAUGUCACCUGGAAAUGCUAAGUGAGGAUUUCCAGCCUUGACUACACGGGAGACAGCCUUCUCAAAAUGGAACUGACCUUGGCAAGAGCAGCUCUGAAGGGAAGCAGAACAAAAACACAGGACAGGAAAAAGCAUGACACUCCUCCCAUCUUUGCCAAAAGCCGUGGUGUUUGAGCAGCCAAAGCCAGGAGGCUUCAGCACCAGGGCUCUGCCCUGGAGGGCUCCUGGUCCUGCCUGUGCUGUGGGGUCAGUGAGCGGGAUGCAGGGCUCCUCUUUUCCUUCCUGCUGAGAUUAACUGCCUAGGGAAUCUGGGAUCUGGGUGAAACUGAAAACCUUACCCUCUGUCCCCCAUAAGUUCUCCCAGUUUUUCCCAGCUAGGAGCUGCAUGGAAGGGAAACAGGGGAAAUGAACUCGGGGAACAGGGAAAGGCAGAAAGAGCAGAUGUACCAGCAAAGGGCAAGAAAGGGGAAAGGUUUCAGAAAGCAUUUCUGUGGUCUAAUUAAUGAUAAUUUCUGAUUCCCCAAGGAGAAGAACACCAACUCACAGUCAUUCAGGCCUGACAGUCCCCUGCAGUGAGAGCUCAGUACACAUCCACAGAGGCAAGUCCAGCAUCUGAAAGAAAACAAACCAAAGGAUAAGGUGAUUUCUUGCACUUCCAAGUUAUUUCAAGUUCUUAAAGCCCAAGCAAGAUUUGCUCUCGAUUUUGCUUGGCUGAAUCAUGCGCAGUGGGCACAGGUCAAGGCAUUCAUGUAGCUGUAAGCCCAGGGUAAUUUAGAGGGGACACAAGAAGUGUUUGUGUAGGAACAUGUGAGGGGAUGUCAAGGGGAGUGAGGUCUUCCUGGCUCCCUUAAGAGGCUUUUUACUAUCAGCAAAAGAGCAAAUUGUGUCUUGAUGUGCAGAGGUGUUCCUUUAGAGGCACUGCUGUUAUGGGAUGAACAUCAUUAAGUUCAAGGGUAAUGGUAAUAGGAUGAGGCAAAGAACUGGGAAAACUGGCAGAAAUGGAAUAUAUCAGGCCCCACAAUGGCAUGCAAACAAAAGACACAAGAGAAAUCCUGCCUAGUUUUUUAUCUUGUCUGGCCUUGCUUUCUUUGCCAAGUUACAAGGUCUCUGUACCUAAUUGUGGGUCAAGGUCUUCCCCUUCCCCAGGAAAGAACUGGGCUGUGCAGUCCUUGGGUCACAGCACUUCCGUAUUUGCCUCUUGUUGUUUGACCCUCCCCACCCUUGAAUAUCUGAGGGCAGGGAGCUCCACUUUGUGUCUGUGCUAAAAAAAACCUUGGGAGUGAUAAAAUAUGAUCAAUUCAACAGGAAAAACACCACAACAAAUUCAAAAUACCCCAAUCCCCCCGCAAAAACCAAAACAAAAACCAUCCAAACCAGCUGAAUUUCAUGCAUGAUCGGAUAAAGAAUGCUUGGAUGCAGCAUCAAAACCUUGAUGUCAACCAAUUAAUGCAGUUCCUUAGCUAAGAAUUGCAUUUGGAGAAAGUAGAGGGUGAACAGCGUUUAUAAGACAUUGAGAAGUUUAAAUGGUUCUUAGAAAAAGCAAGCAGAUAAAUACCACUGAUGCCUCAAUAAAAUCAGCAAUUUUAAGGUGUAAAUAAGGCCUGAAUAAGGUUGGCAAUUAUAAGGUAUAACACAAUAAUAUAAAAUAAAGUAUUAACAAACCCCUUUGCCUUACUGCAUACAAUUCAGCUAACUUCUUUGCAUGUAUUAUAAAAGAAAAUAAAAAUUGUUUUAACUCUGGUGAUGUGAAGUGUUAAAACACUUCAAAACCAUGCUUUGCGUAUGAAAAUGGUAAUUCCAGUCCUGUCCUAAACAAUGGGAUUGAAAACCAUCUCAGAAAAUCGGUUUUUGUGGUAUUGCCAGGCCCUCUUUGCAGACCAACAAUAUGUUUAUAUUCUAGAGUUAGGACAAGAUUGAGAUAAGAGCCCAUUUUCAGUUAUUUCUUCUAACAGAAGUGAUAGGUUUUGCAAUUUGCCAGUUGCUGAAAUGCUUUGUAUGAAGAUCAAAAAGAAAUGUUUCCUUUGUGUGAGAGCACAAAUAUUUCUGUGUAAUAUUUGGGGCUUUUUUCUUAUGUCAAAUGAUAUUUUUUAAAAAUUGCAUUUCUAGAACUCUCUUCUGAAUGAACCAGUAUCUGUUGUAUUUUUUUAAUGUUUCUAAAAUGCAAGACAAUCCAGCUGUUAUGCUGGCUCUGUGUUUGCCCUCUGUUUAUGCAGUGUGGAGAACCAUCCAUCAUCUGCCCUGGACUUCAGAAUGAUGACAUCUGGACUUCAUCCUCACAAUGCUGUAGCACUGACACUUCAAACAAACGCAGAAAAUGAUAAAAAAAAAAGGGCACAACUUACAACCAUUCCACAAGCAUAAUAUCUGUGUGCAAACAAAAGGCUAAAUUUGGCUGGAAAUAAUUAAAGUUUUGGGGUUUCUUUUU